UUUUGGGCUUCUAUGUAAACGUGCGUGGUCAAGGUGUGCUCGCCAUGACAAAAAAGUCGACUGCUUUCACGGCGCUCGUCUUGAACGCGCGUUUGCAGGCGCCGUGUGAGGCAGAGGCCAGCUGCGCCGCUCUGGUCAAAGCAGGGAAGGUCUUUGCCACAGCCACGGAGGACAUGGACGGCCUGACUUUCGGAACAAACGUCCUGCUAAGACACCUCACGGCCAGCGAAGCAAAGAAGCUUCCGGUCCAAGAGUUCCACUUCAGUCGCAUUCUUCAGGACAUAAACCUCACAAACGAACAGUUCAUAGACCUGUGUAUUCUGCUGGGAUGCGACUACUGCGGCACCAUCAAGGGCAUCGGUCCCAAGCGCGCCAUCGACCUGAUCAGGCAGCACGGCAGCAUCGAGGAGAUCCUGGAAAACAUUGACCCAAAUAAGCACCCGGCUCCAGACAACUGGCUGUACAAGGAGGCCCGCGAGCUUUUUCUCAAGCCUGAAGUGGUGGAUUGCUCCGCGGUGGAGCUCAAGUGGAACGAGCCGGACGAGGGCGGGCUGCUACGGUUCAUGUGUGAAGAAAAACAGUUCAGCGAGGACAGGAUCCGCAACGGGUGUAAGAAGAUCGUCAAGAGUCGCCAGGGGAGCACGCAGGGACGACUGGACGCUUUCUUCUCGGUCAGCGGGUCGCUGUCGUCCAAACGGAAGGAGCCCGAAGUCAAAGGAUCUGCUAAAAAGAAGCUGAAGACUGGAGCCGCGGCGGGAAAAUUCAAAAAAGCCAAAUGAAAGCCGGGAGAAAGAAAUCGUCCGGUUAAUAAAAGCAUCAUUGGAGUUAAAGUACAUGU